AUGUCAGAAAUCAGCUGCUCGUCAGAGUUGCUGGUCCCAGAGGCGAGCUCCGUUGGUUGUGGCUGCGCUGUGCCGCCAUCCACAAUGCUGCUUCUCGCAACGAUGUUGCUUGUCACAGCGGUGCUACUGUGCCACAGGUUGCAUGCUGAGAGAAGUUUGGUCGAUGUCAAGGCCAUCUCUGAUAAAUUGAAAGAGGCACAAGUUGUCGCUGUCCAGUCAACUGCUCAAGUGGAUCACCUAAGAGAGGAGGUUGCGGACUUGCGCAAAACUUUGCAGCAGCGGGAGACCUUCUUGGCCCAGGUGAUGGGGGCGAAAGCCCAAGAUGGACUGCCAGGAACCCCUUUAUCCCAAGAGGCUCGUACCCUGCCACUACAACCGGUGAACCGACGUUUUGUGGCAAGUGGAAGCAGCUUUGCCAUGUCAGCUGGAGAGGUGGAAUGGCCAAUCCAUGAGGACAGCAGUGUUCACACAGCUUCGAUUCCGCAACGGAUGCGUUGACAGAGAUCACAAUGAGCUGAUGAGGUAGGAAGGGGGUAUUUUGCAGUGCUUAGUUAUUCCAGCUCGACCAUGCUCGACCAUACAGAUCAUAAAGCUAGGGACACCUGUUGUGAUGUUGGCCAUGGUUUGACCAUAGUGAAGCCAAUGUGGUGCAUGAGCCCAAACCAUUUAGAAUAUUUAGAGCCAAAGUUCCGUUUUCAUCCCAGCUACCAUGCCCAGGU